AUGCCUAGGUUUCCGGUUUCGUUUGGCAGGCGGAGGUCGACCGCAGACAGCUUAGAUCAUGGUGCCGUAGCAGCAGAACCAUCGUUCCGCGUCCUCGAGAGGCCUGAUGCCUCCAAUGGCAAAUCUUUUGAUGGCGGUGCCCGGAACUCGGCCUACAAGCCAGGCCACAACCCAAAAGCUUCCAUCUCCGUCGACCUCACUCCGAUGGACGACAACAUUUUUGCAGACUUGAAGACCACAAAUCGUAACGCUUCUACUGCUCCCUCCUCCACCCACGAAAACGUUGCUGCCAUCCCCGAAGAUUCCAAAAGGCCAGUACCCAAGAAGUCAUACCAAGACAUUCCUCUCCCCCCGAUUCCGAAGUCGUCGAGCAGCGGAUUUCUCAGAGCUGCCGGCCGAACCUUGUCAUUUGGAACGAAGAAGAACCUAUCUUCAAGCUCUGUGGGACAAGAGUCAGAUAUGCAAUCAUCGGCUGUCGACCAGCACGGGCCAGAGCAAAUAUCUACUGUAGGAAGACCUCGAACCACGACAUCAUCUACAACGAGCACAGCCACCCCGCCCAAGCUUGACGAAUCGAGCUCUUUUGACUUGGGUGGUGAUUUUAGCAAGAUGCUUAGCUUUGAGAAGAGGAAGAGCACUCUGACGUUGAAGGAUGACCAGAAUGGCCGUCAGGCUCUGGGGCCCCGUUCCUUGACUGGAAAUCGUCUGAACCAACCUCAGCCUUCGCCUUUGACGAUCGACAAAACUUCGCGGAUAGAACCGUCACCAUUUUCUUGGGGUAGUCAUCACUCUGGAGAUGGCCUGCUAAACAGCCCCAGCCACGGCAACGAGAAUGCUCCACCAGUCCCGAAACAUGGCUCUACAUACUCAUCAAGGCCACAGGGCCCGUCUCCGUCCUCUUCGGAAGGAAACCUACAGGCCGGUCACCUGGGUAACGAUAGGAGAUUGUCUGGAGAGGGCGAAGGAGAGGACACCUCACUCUUAAAAGAUAUUUCUACAGCGACCAGAUUCCUGAAGAGCGGCAACGCACAAACCGGUAACGGUCGGUAUCGGAGGGACGAGGACACUUUGGGAUCCGGUUACAAGCAGUUUUCGAGCCCCAAAGAUGAUGAAGAUCUUUUCGACACAAGCCUAGUGAACUCGAGUAGAGCGGCAAGGCGCUACGUUGCUGAGAAGCCCAGCCCACCUCGCAACAAGGUCAUGACUCCUGCUGAGUUUGAGAGAUAUCGUCAAGAUAAGGAGAGGGGCUCAGAGAACGGAGAUAAGUCUCCGACGAAAGACGACGAUGACGAUGAUGAGGAUAUCAACUAUGAGGAUGACGAUGAUGAGUUGGAGAAGUCAAAGCAGGCCGCUAAACAAAGGCAAAAGCAGGAGGCACACAUGACAGUCUACCGGCAGCAAAUGAUGAAGGUCACCGGCGAACCGGCGACUGGAGUUUCUGCCCGUCCUGGAUUUUCGGCUUCAUUCAGCACACCCAACCUGCUUCAGCCCCGUGGUCCGUCCCCCAACAAGUCUGUUGACGCAUCGGGCGAGUCGGAUGAGGAUGAGGAGGUCCCCCUUGCCAUCUUGGCCGCACACGGGUUUCCGAACAAGAACCGCCCACCACACCGCCUCAGCACGAUGAUGUCAAACCCCAACCUCAAGGUUGCUGCGCAAGCAAGCUACGCUCGCCCGGGCUCUUCACAUGGCGAUUCUCCUGCCUCUAAUGGUCCAUCACCCUCAAGCGGUCGUCUCCCAGCUUUCGCCAGGAACCUUCCCCAAGAUCCCUUCGUUGGGGCUGGGCUCGUGAACCAUCCAGUUAGGGAAAGUCUUUCCUUCGGUGCUGGUGCGCCCGCUGCCCUCCAAACUCCUGGCGUGCCGCCUGGAGGUUUGGUAGGUGUCAUUGCCGGCGAGGAACGCGCUCGUGCCUUGCGCCGGGGCAGCCCUGCCAUCGAUACACACAAGCCUCUGAUGCCAAUGUCAGGGCCCGGCGCCUUUGAUCCCCUUGGUGCCGUUCCCUCUCAUAUGAUGUAUCCGGCCCCUAACCCCCGACCGCUCUCGACAGUCGAUCAAACGCAAGCGCAAAUGAACCAGAUGCAGCAGUUCAUGCAGAUGCAAAUGCAAUUCAUGCAGAUGCAAAUGAUGCAGUCAAAUGGCAAUCGCAUGUCACAAAUUCCCCAGAUGGCACCGCAAAUGCCAGGCAUGCCCGGCGGACAGAUGCUAGGCAACGGAAUGAUGGGCAAUCCGGGGGACAUGCGGCACAGCUUUGUGGACAAUGGGUCUAUGUUUGACCUGCCUAUCCGCCCCGAGCAGCAUGGCCGUAGCAUGAGCAUGAGCAUGGUGCAGCCCAGCUCGGCCUCUUGGAUCCAGCCACCAAUGCCAGGCCCCGGGUACACUCCAAGCAUUCGCGUUCAGGGCGCCGGCUAUGCGCCUUCUAUCGCACCGUCCGAAAGGAGCAACAUCGGACUCCCCGGUCGCUACCGCCCUGUGUCUCAGAUGCCGGCUGCUGCCCCUGCCGAAACUCGCAAGAGUUCGACUAUGUCAGGAGCCCUCGGCUGGGACCAACCACGCACCAAGAGUCCGCUUGGAUUUGGCGCAGCCAAGACGCCUAGCCCGGGCCCGGAUGCGGCUCACAGCAAAAAGACGAUUACUGCCGUCGCUGCAGAUGAUGAAGACGAGGACGACGAACAGGCCUGGGCUGCUAUGAAGCAGAAGCGGGAAAAGAAGCGGUCGCUUUGGAAGUCUAAGAAGAGCUUCGGAACUGACCUCUCCCUCAUGAUCAAAUAA